AUGAGUGACAAAUCCAGGCGAAGCUUUCUUUUAGGAAUUGUUAUAAUACUAGUAUUAUUUUCAUUUGCAACAUUCGAGCCUUAUAGAUACAUGUGGGUAUUUCUAAGUAUAUGCGUAUCCGUGCUACUAAUAAUUGAUAUGAUGUUUUUUGGGCCUGAUAAAUUUAUAUAUGAUCCUUUUUACUCGAAUUGGGAGAAGACGCAUAUAAAAGACUUAUAA